AUGGACAAUCUUCUGAGGAAGGGGCGACCUGAGGGUCUGGAAGUCCAGGUGGCGCUCAGCGCCCGGAGCUCCAGCUACUUGCCGUCGCUGCCCCAAGAGCCCUGCGGGCUGUGGCAGGUGGGCAGACACCCCACUUUGCUAAGCACGCGAGGUGAGGAUGCAGGCCGAGGCUCAGGAUGGGGCAGCAAGGGGACCACGCAGACCUGGAACCGGAGAGCCCGCGAGAGCCCUGGGCAGGCGUCAGAGCCAGACAGGACACAGCUGAGCCAGGACCUGGGUGGGGACACCCUGGCCAUUGACACACUGCCGGAUAAUGGGACCAAGGUGGUGGAGGACAACCACAGCUACUAUGUGUCCCGUCUGUACGGCCCCAGUGAGCCCCGGAGCCGGGAGCUAUGGGUGGAUGUGGCCGAGGCCAACCGGAGCCAUGUGAAGGUGCACAGAAUCCUCUCCAACACCCACCGGCAGGCUUCGAGAGUGGUCUUGUCCUUUGAUUUCCCUUUCUACGGGCAUCCUCUGCGGCAGAUCACCAUAGCAACCGGAGGCUUCAUCUUCAUGGGGGACGUGAUCCAUCGGAUGCUUACAGCUACGCAGUACGUGGCCCCGCUGAUGGCCAACUUCAACCCCGGCUACUCGGACAACUCCACAGUUGCUUACUUUGACAAUGGCACAGUCUUUGUUGUCCAGUGGGACCACGUCUAUCUCCAAGGCCGGGAGAACAGGGGCAGCUUCACCUUCCAGGCCGCGCUGCACCGUGACGGCCGCAUCGUCUUCGGCUACAAGGAGAUCCCUAUGCCCGUCUUGGAAAUCAGUUCCUCCCAGCACCCUGUGAAAUCAGGCCUGUCAGAUGCCUUUAUGAUCCUCAAUCCAUCCCCGGACGUGCCAGAGUCUCGGCGGAGGACCAUCUUUGAGUACCACCGGGUGGAGCUGGACCCCAGCAGAGUGGCCAGCCUGUCAGCUGUGGAAUUCACCCCACUGCCAACCUGCCUGCAGCACCAGAGCUGUGAUGCCUGCGUGUCCUCGGACCUGACCUUCAACUGCAGCUGGUGCCACGUCCUGCAGAGAUGCUCCAGUGGCUUUGACCGCUACCGCCAGGAGUGGCUGACCUACGGCUGUGCCCAGGAGGCCGAGGGCAGGACGUGUGAGGACUUCCAGGAUGAGGACCACUACUCGUCUUCUCCUGACAGCUCCUUCGGCCCCUCUGAUGGAGACCUCACCACCACUUCCUCCUCCCUCUUCAUUGACAGCCUCACCACAGAAGAUGACACCAAGGUGAACCCCUAUGCGGGAGAAGGGCUUCAGAACAACCUGUCCCCCAAGACAAAGGGCCCCCCAGUGCACCUGGGCACCAUUGUGGGCAUCGUGCUGGCGGUCCUCCUCGUGGCGGUCAUCAUCCUGGCCGGGAUCUACAUCAACGGCCACCCCACCUCCAAUGCCGCGCUCUUCCUCAUGGAGCGGAGACCUCACCACUGGCCGGCCAUGAAGUUCCGCAACCACCCCAACCACGCCACCUACACGGAGGUCGAGCCCUCGGGCCACGAGAAGGAGGGCUUCGUGGAGGCCGAGCAGUGCUGAGGGCGCCAGGCCUCCCUCGGAGGGUAGGAAGACCCCCCGGUGAGCCAAGCAAGGGGCCCCCCUUGGAAUAUACCCUGGCUGGGAAGAUGAGAAAGUGGCUGGUGCUGCCUCAGCUAGUUUGGCCAGCUCACCCCGAUUUUGAAGCGGGGAUGGAAAAACAGCUAUGUCGAGUUUUUAAGGACCAGUAACCUAAUUUCAUCCUGUUCUGAUAUCAGAGGUGCCCCUGUGAGUCUCUCAGUGGUGUACUCUGUAGCUCCCCGAGAGGCCCCCUCCACCCGGAGUCGGGGGCGGGUGCUCUGUUCCCGCCGCCCAGCGCCCCUGCUUACAGCGCGGAAGGACUCAGCUCUAGAUUAGGGCGGCGCAGUCCAGGGUCCAUAGACUCAAGAGCUGGUCCUCAUGGCUAUGGAUUCAGGGUAUUCAGCCCCAGCUUCCGGGCUCUGGAAGUCUGGAGAAGGAGUUUCCUCCAUCAGCAAUCAGAGUCCCGACGGCACUCUUGCCCCCGCCAGCCGCCGAGCGGCCUGCGUCAGAGGGAAGUAAAUGGAGGAAAGAAAAUUGCAUUUUUAGGCUUUGCUUCCCCAACUUGCUGACUCUGCUAGGAACCAGUACUCUUCUGCAUGGAACAUGUGUGCUGCCCGCGGCCCAGGCUUGGGGCCAUCUGGACCCACUUUGACCUGCGAGCUGUGCUGUGGGGGGCCCACCUGCCCGUGGGGCCUUUAACUGAUGCCACACUAAGGCCCUUCCAGUCCCUGCCGGUCCUUCUCUCGGUGCCAGUAAGUACUGCCAAAGGCAGGGCUCGCCUGAUUCCUGUUUUCCCGCUCUGAGCUGGACUCUGUUGAGCAGCAGAGGCGGUCAGGACACAGGGAGCUGUCAGGAGGAGGACGCACUUGCUACAUAAAACCUCGACCUGCAAAGUUGCUUCCUUUCCCCACAAUCUGCCAGAAGUUUUGGGAGCAGAUGGCUCAGGCCCCCAGUCUUCACCAGGUUUUAAAGGGACUUUAAGCCAGGGAUGAGUUGGGCCUGUACUGAAGAUGAUCUAAAAUUACAAUCAUAACUCGCCCUCAUUUAAGGUUAAAAAAUAACAGCAACAAAUAAAUGUUCAA